CAGAAAUACUCACCAGCACCCGGUGAUCACCGAGUAUUACCGAUGGAGGAGCGAACUGUAUGUAAACAAUACAGUUCAAUCCCCUGUCAGCUUCUGCACACUGAUUUGUAUGGCCCUGCGUAGCAGAGCCAGCGAAGCACACACACAGCACAUAAUGUGAAACAGCACACAGUUAACCCUUUGAUUGCCCAAGAUGUUAACCCCUUCCUGCCCAGUGCCAUUAGUACAGUGUCAGUGCUUUUUAUUAGCUCUGAUCACUGUAUUGGUGUCACUGGGGAUGUCAGUGACAACAGGUCAGUUCCACCCAGUGUCAGAAUGCUCGCCACAGUCCUGCUAUAAGUCGCUG